AACGAAAUACUAGCUCCUCACGUGACUCCUUGGUAACGUUUGCAAAUGGCGGCGCCCAGUAUUUUUUACCACUAAUAUUUUUUUUAGAAUUAUUUAUUGCUUUCAAGUAGACAUCAAAAGAGAAAACAACAAUGCCAGGAGAGAAGAAGGGACAGAAGAAAGCAGAUGACGCACCACCAGCCAUUCUGUCAGGAACUUUUGUGUUUCCCAAUGGAGACAAAUAUGAGGGAGAAUAUGUUCAAGAAGAUGGCAGUAUUAUCCGGAGUGGCCACGGUGUUCAUACAACUACAGAUGGCAGUGUUUAUGAUGGCCAGUGGUCGAAUGAUAAGAUGAAUGGAGAAGGAAAACUUACACAUCAUUCUGGUUCUUACUAUACUGGAGAAUUUGUAAAUAACCAGUUCCAUGGCAGAGGUGUUUACACAUGGCCAAAUGGAUCCUCAUAUGAGGGGGAUUUUAAUGAAAACAGGUUAGAGGGUAAAGGCAAUUUUACAGAUACAGAGAAUCAGGUAUGGACCGGACAGUUCCGUUACAAGGCAGCACCAGGUCUACAGUUCCAUUUGAGAUUGGACUGAUCAUGUGACAAUUGUUUCAGUCAUGUGACAGGAAAUGUUUUAAUCAUGUGACAAGAAAUUGCCUAAACAUUCUGUGAUAAUUGUAGCAAAUUAUAUAUAAAAUUGCAAAUGUGGAUAAAUAAUUAUUGUUGUAUAUUUUACAAUGAAAUUAUAAAUGUAAAUUGUCACAAAAUAUUUUCUUCAAAGUAUUGAAAAGGCUGAUAAUAAAAGUUAUAAAAGUGACUUUUGAAACCAGUUUCAAAUUGUAGCCAAUUUCAACUGUUUGCAGAAACACUCCAUCAGGUUCUGGAACUUCAGGACUAGUCACUUAAGUCUUGUAUUAUAAUUUUGGAACCUUGGCUUGAACAUUAUAGCAUAUAAUUUUGUAUGUCCAGGAAUAUUAUACUUUUUUCUCAGUCUGUAUUAAUGCAAUAGUUGGGAACAUUUCCUCCAACAGUAUGGUUUUCUCAAAUUCAAAAUUAUGUUAUUAAGUUUGUUCUAUUUUCAAGUUUUACUCUGUUUUUAAGUUGUAAAUACUUCUGUAUUUUUGUUCAAGUCAUUUUCUAGCUUGAAAAUAAGUCUUGAACAUUUCUGUUACUAUCAAAAACAUAUUGACUGAUAAAUUUUAUUGAUAAAUUCAAAUAUGGCAGAUAUUUCCUAAGUAAUAGUAAGUUUAACACUUAAAAAAUUUUAUGGGAACUUAUUUGAUUUUAAUUUGAUUUUUAACUUUUGUCUCAGUAUUCAGUAAAUAGUGAAUAUUAUAUGGAAGUCUAGCAGUUGUUAAUUUGUAGACUGGAAUUGUAUUUUUGCAUGUAUUUUGGUAUUAAUAUGUAAUACAGAGUUUACAAUGUUGUGGAUUGUGUAACUUUCAAGACUCUUUUUAAUCAUUACCAAAACUGAUUUUAUUACAAAUGGUAAUAUAUUUGUCAGCAAUUCAGUGUUUAUAGUUAGUAUACAGAUAAAUGCUGCUGGCUCUAGCAUUGAUGGCAGAACUGCCAGGACAGAAUCAAGCCGUUCCUGUAGGCCCCAUUCAUUUUCCUUAUUUGUUUAUGUUUAGAUCAUAAAGCUGAUAGCUUGAGCAUUUUCCUUACAUGUUCGUUAAAAAUCUGUGUUUGACUGUGUGUAUUUCACAUUUGAUAUCUUUAGUUGAUUACUGAAAUACAUUAUGCCAUAGCAUUCAAGAUGCACGGCAGUUAAGCGAGUUUUUUGGUGGAUUUUGUCAGCAAGAUUUACACAAGUUUGUUCAUAAUGAUUAUUUACCAGUUGUCCAGCAAUUGUGCAAGUAUAUGUUAUGAAAUUAAUCGAUAAAUAAUCUGCCAGUAAUACUUAGUGUAUGACAGUUGCUCCACAUUCUUUUUGAUUGUUAUUUUAUUAUAUCAUAUUUAUAUAAAUAUUAGGUUAAAACUGGUUAUAUAUGAAAGGUAGAUGGUGCUGCCAAGUUGCCAGUGCAUGCCUAAUGUAAUGUCCUGAGGGGCAGAAAGAACCCUUAUAAAGCAGAAAAGCUGCCAUUAUAUUAUGAUCUGAUCUGUCGAUGUGACAUGCAAGUGAAUGUUACUUUUACAAAACAAAAAAAUAUUUUCAUCAACAACAGAAAAUGAGUGAAAUUACUUGAUUCAAAGUGAUUUCAUGAAAAUGUAUUGUUUAAUAUAUAUAUGCUUGUAAACAAAAUAAAUUUUAUCAGACUUUA